GAGGCAGCCAUGUCGUACUACGACCGGCGCGGGGAGUCGUCGGUGCUGGAGGCGUUCACGCUGUCGCCGCUGCCGUACCCGGUGAUCCUGAUCCUGAUGAUGGUGACGCUGCUGCUGGGGGCGUCGUGGUUCUUCUCCUACGAGGAGUUCAUGGAGGAGGCGUCGGAGCAGUUCAGCUGGUUCCUGCUGGGCGUGCCCAUCGCGCUCGUCCUCCUCAUCCGCUGGAUCUCCUCCGUCGACACCUUCGAGGGCUACUUCGGCUUCUACCCCACCGAGAGCCGCUGGCGGGGCUACCCGGCCGCGCCCUCCGAGGGCAGCUCCCCCUGGGGCGUCGCCAUGGUCGUCCUCCUCCUCCUCGUCCUCGCCAGCUUCCACUCCACCUUCCAGGACAUGUGGAAGGCUUGAUGGAAUGAUCGGUUCUCCGAUCCAUACCUCGUACGUAUGUGUGUAUGUAUGUGAUUCCAUCGUGUCGAUCUGUAGUACGCCUAUGAAUGAUUGAUUGUUGCUUCCAGGCGGUUGCUGCACCUGCACGUAUGUAUGCCUUGCUUUUCCUCCUGUACUGUACAUAGAUGAUGGAGGUUAUAUUCUGCUAGUAGCUAAAAACUAUAGAGCUUGAGUGUUACCCCUCUGUACUGGUUCUUGUUCUGUGUCUUACUGAAUGAAUCAAUAGGUUUCUGUUGGAAAAUUUACUCUAUCCACUGCACCUUAUAAUCAAUCAUUCUGUUGAAAUA